AUGACGCGCCGUGACGCUCCCCGGGCCUGGCAGCCCAUAGGCUCCGCGUUACCGCCCUUUGGGCAGGAAGCGGGCCGCGGAGCCGGAAGUCGGGAGCCCUUAAGACCAGAAAUAGCGGCGGCGUUUAAAGCAGGGCCGACCCGGGGCCUUCGCAGUCGGCCUGCCGGCUUCCCUACUGAGACUCCGGACUCCUCGAAGGGAGUGGACACGGACCGCGAGGCAGCCGGCGCGGACAAAGCCUCCCAGCUGAAGGCCCCGGAAGCCCCGCCCCUAGAGCUUGCCGGAAGUCCCCCUGGAGGCGGGACGAACCCACAGGUCUCGCCCCCGGGGCGGGGCCAGCACGCCAUGGCCACGCCCCCGGGCACCCGUGCCGCGGCUCUGCGCUUCGGCGCGGCGGCCAGCUGGCUCGUGCUGCGUGGGCGCCGCGUGGAGCAGUUCCCCCGCGUCUUAGAGUUCCUGCAAUGUCUGCGCGAGGCUGCCCCGGGCCUGGUUCGCUACCGGCACCAUGCCCGCCUGUGCAUGGGCCUAAAGGCCAAGAUGGUGGUGGAGCUGAUCCUGCGGGACCGGCCGUGGCCGCAGGUUCUUAAUGCCCUGCAUCACCAUUUCCCGGAGUGCGGACCUGUGAUGCGGGACCCCAAAGCUACAAAGCAGGAUCUGAGGAAGAUGUCCGAGGCACAGCAGACCUUUUGCCAGCAGGUGAAACAGUUCGGAGAGGCCCCUGUGGAUUUGACUGGCAAGCUGCAGGAACUGGAACAGGAGUAUGGGGAACCCUUCCUAACUGCCAUGGAGAAGCUCCUUUUUGAGUACCUGUGUCAGCUUGAAAAAGCACUGCCGCCACUGCAGGCACAGCAGCUUCAGGACAUACUCAGUUGGCUGCAGCCUGGAGCUUCUAUAACAUCAUCUUCUGCCAUAAACCAAUAUGCAGUGGACAUGGGGUGGCCACGCCUAGAGUGCUCUAUUACUGAAUCCUGGGACAUGAUAGAGUCCAUGGAGCAGAGCCCUCCUCUCCAACGAAGACCAGAACUUGACAUGCCUAGCCCACAUUGUCCACAGGGCCCACUCUCAAGGAAGCAUGCAGAGCCACUGGCUGGCCACCACUUCAAUCUGGCCCCUCUAGGCCGAAGAAAAACUCAUUCACGAUGGGCUCCCAAAAAGGGAAGCCAGAAAGAGCGCCCGACAGUCAUGCUGCUCCCUUUUAGGAAUCUGGGCACAAGCCAUGUCUUAUCUAAACCGAAGAACUUGCAGGAAGAACUUGAGCAGCACAGGGAAGAACCAGCAGGCACUGGGAACAAGAGAACAGCCCCCACUGGAAAGUCUCAGAGUCCAUCCCAGACCCCUGCAGAAAAGGCCCCGAAGGAAAAACUAGUUGACCUCUUUACCUCUGAACAGAAAGAGAACUGCUUGGCUCAUCCCAUGGAUCAUCUGAGACACUCAGUAUCACCUCCAAGGCCCAAGAUAACAGCAUGUCCUCUAUCAGCAUGCAGCUCUUCCAUUACCAUAGGGGAUCUGGUUUUGGAUUCUGACGAGGAAGAUAAUAUCCAAGGAAAGGAGGCUCUAGAAAACUAUCAGAAGACAAAGUUUGACACCUUGAUCCCCACCUUCUAUGAAUAUCUCCCCCCACUUCCCAUGAUCCUAGACACCUGUGACAAGAUAGGAAUACCCCCUCUAUUUAGCCUGUCUCCUUUGUCCUUAAUUCUGCACAAUUUAGGGAGGAGAAUCAAGUUAACCUGACUGCAAUGCUUGGUAAUAAAACUUUGUUUAAAAUCUA